UCUCAAACAAUUGCGGGCGCCACACCAACCAUUCUCCUCCCAAAAAAAAGUCAGUCUUAUCACUAAUGCAUCAACACAUUUGCUAUUAUUACGAGUAUUACGAGAAACGAGAGUAACAACCUUGAACCAGUCCACUGAAACAACUGUCUCAAAAUCAAAACCCAAAACCGAUCGAAGACAUAAAAAUGGGUUUGUGUGUCACCGAUACAGCGCGAGCUUUAGCCUGUAGAGGCAGUAAAGGGGCACCAAAUCUCAAACUUGUUUCAAUAUUCAUGAUAUUCUUCACUAGUGUUAUCGGCGUAACGUUACCGGUUUUUUUAGCCCGCUUGUUUCAUGGGAAACCGGUUUACGAUAAGACAAUUCUAAUAAUCAAGUGCUUCGCGGCUGGUGUGAUUCUUUCCACGUCGCUCGUUCACGUCCUUCCAGAUGCCUUUAAUACUCUUUCCGAUUGUCAGGUUUCUUUCCGUCAUCCAUGGAAGGAUUUCCCGUUUUCCGGUCUCAUAACAUUGAUCGGUGUAUUAAUGGCAUUGUUAGUUGACUUGACGGCGACUUCUCAUGUGGAAAGUCAUGGGCAGGCUGAUCAUAGUCAAAAUCGUAAUAAAGAUUAUACACCAGUUGUGACAUGUGAAGAAUUAGAAACGGUGAGUAAAAAAACGGAUACUGGGGAUAUCAUCGAGGAAGAGGAAUUGGUGAAACUGAAGCAGAGAUUGGUAUCGCAGGUGUUGGAAAUAGGAAUAAUUUUUCAUUCUGUUAUAAUAGGGGUGACUCUGGGGAUGUCUCGGAAUGAGUGCAUUAGACCGCUUGUGGCUGCACUAUCCUUUCACCAGAUAUUUGAAGGAAUGGGUCUUGGAGGUUGCAUUGCUCAGGCGGGAUUUUGCUUUGGAACGAAAGCCUACAUGAGCUUCAUGUUCUCAGUGACAACACCAAUGGUUAUAGUAUUGGGGAUGAUAAUGUUCUCAAUAACAGGGUACGACGACACAAGCCCAAAUGCAUUAAUCCUUGAAGGUUUACUGGGAUCUUUGUCUUCUGGUAUACUUAUAUAUAUGGCUCUCGUUGAUCUUAUUGCUCUUGAUUUCUUUCACAACAAAGUGAUGAGUGGCCAACCAUUCUUGAAAAAGGCAUCUUUUUUAGCUCUUGUUCUUGGUUCUACAUCUAUGUCAAUCCUUGCUCUUUGGGCUUGAAAAUAAUAAACUUGUGUAUCCUUAGUUGUUAGCUUUUUGGAACUAGAAACUUAGGUUUUGUCAUUAAUUUUGUCCGUGUAUUUUUAUAUCCUUUGCAGACAAACAUAGAUACCUCGGCAAGGAAAAUAAAAUAAUAAAACUAUUUCUUUUUU